AUGGAUCUUUGCUUCGCCAGGGACCCCGUGGAGUCAAACUACCGGGAGUGCAGACUCAAAGAGGAGACGGUUUCCUGGCUAGCAAGCGCGGUGCCGGAAGCCGGAUCAGAGACCACGGCCAGCGCGCUCAAUGGCCUGAUCCGGUACUUAGGCAUGUUCCCGGAAGCACAAGCCCGAGCCCACGAGGAGGAGAUGCUGCGGCUGUGUCCAGUGGCCACGACGGGGCCUCGUCGGAUGGCUGAUGGCGACGUCAAGUACCGGGAUUUCGUCAUCCCCAAGGGAACGAUCCUGCUCGCGAACCUGAACGCACUGCAUUGGGACCCGGAACGCUUCGGGGUGACAUCAUGCCCCGCGACUACUUCACCUUUGGCGCCGGCCGUCGCUACACCAUCCAUCCUGGAAAGAAAUCCUGCGCGGUCCCGGCUUAUCCAGCAGUCGUGGGAGCAGGCCCAGAAGGACGGAUAUAUCCUGCGAGGUGUACAUGUCGAUGCGGAUGGAGGAGUGAGAGGGGGUGCGAAAUGA